AUGCGGUACCAAUUCCUCACUGGCUGUCUACUUUUGGUGAGCUCGCAGGAUGUGGAGUCGGGUUUUGGAAGCACGUUUCCGGAGCUCCAAGAGGACAUCCUGCUGCUCCAGAUGGACGUGAAGCUCUCGCGUGGUCUGACGCAAACUGUGGAUGCCCCUUCGGUUUCGGAGGGCUUCCAGGCAGCUGAUUCGGAGAGUCCAGCCCUCCUUUCCGAGAGCUUCAAAAGCGAGGUGGAGGGCGGUGUGAUGUUUGGACCCAAGACCAGUGCUGCCUUGUUUUUACUGUCCAGCUGUACCUUUGGACUGCUGUGCUUAUGUGGUGCGAAGCCAUUCAUCACAGCUCCGUAUUCAGAAGUACCUGAAGAGGAGGGAGAAAGCGAGGAGGUCAAAGAGCAGUCGCUCCUGGUGUGUUACACUGUCGUCUUCAUGGAUGCCUUUGGUUUCGGCGUCUACGCGCCCUUCAUCCCGAUCCUUUGCCAGACCUUUAGCUUGCAAGCCCACGACAUGGGAACUGCCCUUGCAGCCUUCUCCUUGGCACAGGCACUGGCAACGCCCUUCUUGGGAUACCUCUCAGAUCGCUUUGGACGACGGCCAGUACUUUUAGCAGCUCUGGCCGCGGAGUCUCUAGCUUACCUCAUCCUCAGCAUAGCCGAGAGUUUCAGCUGCCUCCUGGUGGGCUACACCCUGGCUGGAGCAUCCUGUGGCACCAUAGGUGUGUGCAAUGCGUACAUUGCGCAGAAUUCAUCUGAGGAGGAUCGCCCGGUCCGAUUGGCAUACAGCUCCGGCAGCAUCGCCCUGGGCCUCAUGCUGGGCCCCGUGGUCGGUGCAGGCCUGAGCCACGAGGGCUUUUCGGCGGCCGUACGCCUCGUGAAUUGGCUCUUCGUGUUCAGUUCGCUCGCUGAGUCUGAGAACGUGCUGCUGAGAAGACAGCCGAAGGAGGAGAGCCGUUCUGCGUUGGAGUCCCUUCCAAGGCUGGCCUGGCCAUUGUUCUUCGGCGCCUUCCUGGGCAAUGCUGGCAUUGCUGCUGCAGAGUCCUGUGGUGCGCUGUUUGUCAUGGACUCCUACUUCCGGGGCUCCUCCUCUGCAGCAGCGGAGAGCACCCAAUUUUUCGCCUACAACAUGAUGAUCUCUGGCAUCCUCGUGAUCAUGAUCACCAACUUUGUCUUCCCUAUGCUGAUGCACACGCUGAGGCAGCAGAAGACGAUGUUCUUGGGCGUGUGUCUGCGCAUUGUUGGAUAUGCUGGCCUGGGAUUGGCACCUACCAAGUGGUGCUUCCUCGCUUCGCAGCUGGCGGUCGUUACGGGCGACAGCCUCGCUGCACCAAACCUCUCUGCUCUACUAACGGAGGUGGUCGGCAAGUCUUCCUAUGGCAUCGCCCUGGGUACUUUGUCCACCUUCCAAGCUGCAGCCCGCGUCUUGGACACGCUGCCCUUCGCGACGAUGUACGAGAAAGCACCCUUCUUGACCGUCGCUGUUCUCGCUGUGGCUUCUGGCGCUCUUUGGUUUGUCGUCUACUGGCAGAUGCAGCUGCAAUCUUUCAGAACCCCCGCUCUGGGGCAUGAGAUGCCCGCCGAGAUUCCAACUCGCUCAGGGUAUCCAGUGAGCUGA